CGACAAUACUUAGGGUGCCCAAAAGAACGCGCUCUGCCGAACUGUUUCGUUUAGCACUGCUCUCGAGAACCCCAACAGCAGGAUCCCGAAUGUCUGUCAGCCACAGGACAGUGUCUGUACAUUAGAGCUGAAUCUCUGGAAUGGCACUGGCAACACGCGGGAGAGUUGACGAAAUAAACCUUAACUCAGGUCACCCGCCUUCCGGCCAAAACGCACAAAGAUGAGAGCGCUAGUCACUCUGCCAUCAACACUUUUGUGCGUUGCAGUGGGGCUCUGCUCGGCAGCGCCCCCACCUGCAGUGUUUCCUCUUCUUCGGGAUGAUGUACCGAGUGGCCAAUUCAUCGAUCUCACACAUGAAGAGGAAGAAGAAGAGUUCAGCGUGCGGGUGUUGAAAGAGACAUCCACACGUUGCGGUUUGAGGGUAAAUGACUGGGCUGAAAUACGUGUACGAUCUUUCGCUCCGGGUGUCAAGAUACUGCCACAUUUAUUCGAGGACAAGGAAUUCGGGCAUGCGCUCCAAGGGUUCGAAGUCGGGAGACACAAUGUCACCCCGUUAAACAGGGGGAUUAUUGGAAUGUGUGUUGGCGAAAUCAGAAGAGUUGGGAUCAAAUUCGGGAACAUGGGAAAAAUAUUCUAUGAAGUCACGUUGGAAAGCUUUAAAAGACUACACCGCAGAAGUCCGCGUGCACAAAACGAACUUUGACUGCGUAAGCGAAACAGGUCGACUGACAAACCACUUGCCAUAGUACGGCAUUGAAUUAAGCGCCUAGUGCUUUGACGCUACCGUUCCGUGUUCGAAUUCCCCGGCAUUUUAUUUCCUCCUGUUAAUCCCAACUGCCGCUUUGUCUAAUGCCACUCUGUAAUUGCCUUUCCAUUGAACAAAGAGGUCCCGAAGCAC